AUGACCACCAGCCAGCAGCGAGACGUUUUGAAUGAGUCUGACCUCAUAUGCGAGAAAUAAACUGUGAAUGAUAAUGGAGGUCCUCCUGGGAGUCGUGACAGCAUGACAAAAAUUUUGUUCCGGCAUGUCAGAUGAAGCCAGUCAGGCACAUCUACUUAAUGCUUGAAAACACAUGUGAAAGAUGACUUCAAGGCUGGCCAGAAUAGCAAUUGCAACUGUGAUGAUGUAGCGUGCUUCACAUUUUCAGACUGACACUUGAACAUACACAAUUUUUUUGUUGCAUACCUCAGUUGUGGCACGUCGCGCAGCAUCGAAUCGGUGGAAGGCCGGGCCUCGGUUGUCGCCUUUUCUCUACCCGUGAGGGAUCAAGAUGAUCCGCCGCCACCCAACCAGCUGCACGCAAACCGAGCGUUCAACAUCCCGGAUGUGCAACGACGAGCGCACGAUCCUAGCAGAAGUAGCGAGGAUGGCGAUGGUCUGCGAGGAUGGUGAACUACCUGCCGACAGUGAUGUUAGAACGUGAAAUAAAACGAUGAACACGAGCCGGUGGAGUAGUGGAACGUACAGUAAGUAGUAGGUGGCAAAUUAUGUCAUACUGCUGAUCGUUGUGAUUCUGAUACUGAUUGGUUUACUAGGUACAGCUGGGAUUCGACUUCUGGAAGACCUACAAACAGGGGUCUUCGUCUUGUUGCAUGGAAAUUCCCAGACCCACCAGUAGAGUAAACUAAUAAUUAUUCCGGUAUGGGAUGUCCAAUUUAUUGCAAGUAUUGGAGUGUGUGACGUUAUCGUUCCUACAAGAAGUUCAUAGAUGCAUUUUUAACACAAAAAUGAGUGCCUACUUAUAGUAAAUUUCACUUUCAGUGGCACUUUGCCAGCCGAAACGUGCGUAAUUCGCUUCGGUUGAGAUCAGCGCUGCUGUACAAAAUUUCGUAAAGUAGAAGUAGGGCUUGCACCUCCACUUUAGGAAUUCGUUUCACACACGUCAGAGAACUGGAAAGUAGGUAGAAAUAGAAGUUUUAGCGACGACAGAGCGAGUAGCAGAUCUUGAGUUGAAAACAAAAGUAAGUAUGAAAAAGGUGUGAAACUAUAAAAAAAUAAACAAAAAGACGAUGAGUAAAGGACAUAGGCAUAGCUAUAGCAAGAAGGGCUCCCGACACCACGAUAUCUUUUACCGGCUGUGUCUUACUUUGAC